CCCCUGGGGGAUGGGGCCUCGGGCGACCUGACUUUUCCUCACAGGUGGUCUUUGAGUCUACAGAGUCUGCCAGCGGAUGGUUGGCUUUAUUCCAUUGUGCGUGACCGGAGAGGGCGCGGCCCCUCUGCACCGGGCUGGCGGCUGGAGGCUCAGGCCGCGCGCGGGCUAAAGCAGGGCAUGCCGGGAGUUGUGGUCCCGGCGCCCUGAGGCUGUGGGACGUGUCGCAGCCCGGCGCCGGCUCCUCCUUCCCUGCCCUUCUCAGCGGUCCCCCGCCUCCUCCCUCCGCCUCCUCCUCCCUCGCCUGCAGCCGAGCGUCCCCUCCCCCAACCCGUCGGGCUCCUCGGCGGCUACUGCAGAGGAUUCAGAGCCGAGUCGCUGAGGAGGAGGAGGCUCUGGUCCCCGCGCGCCAUCCUUCACCCUACUGGACACGGGCGAGGGAGCGAGAGCGUCGCCGCCGUAGCCUCCCGAGAAGACAAGGGCAUCGCCGCCUUAGCCGCCGCCGCCGUUUUCGCCUGCAGCUGCUCACCGGAUCCUCAGUCUUCCACAAUGAACCCUGUUUAUAGCCCCGUGCAGCCUGGGGCUCCUUAUGGCAACCCUAAGAACAUGGCCUACACGGGUUACCCCACAGCCUAUCCAGCAGCUGCCCCUGCCUACAAUCCCAGCCUGUACCCCACCAAUAGUCCCAGUUAUGCACCAGCAACUCUGCUGAUGAAACAGGCCUGGCCACAGAACUCGUCUUCCUGUGGCACUGAAGGCACCUUCCACCUCCCAGUGGACACCGGGACCGAGAACCGAACUUACCAAGCAUCCUCCGCGGCUUUCAGAUAUACUGCGGGGACACCAUACAAGGUCCCACCGACCCAGAGUAAUACUGCUCCGCCCCCCUACUCCCCAUCACCCAACCCCUAUCAGACGGCCAUGUAUCCCAUCAGAAGUGCCUAUCCCCAGCAGAAUCUGUAUGCCCAGGGAGCCUACUACACACAGCCGGUGUAUGCUGCCCAGCCUCAUGUCAUCCACCACACCACGGUCGUCCAGCCCAACAGCAUCCCCUCUGCUAUCUACCCGGCACCUGUUGCCGCCCCCAGGACCAACGGCGUGGCCAUGGGCAUGGUGGCAGGCACCACCAUGGCAAUGUCAGCAGGUACCCUGCUGACUACACCCCAGCACACGGCGAUUGGGGCACACCCUGUCUCCAUGCCAACAUAUAGGGCCCAGGGAACUCCUGCGUACAGCUACGUGCCCCCACACUGGUAAAGCCUGCAGCCCAUCCAAAUCUGGAGUCACACAUUGUAUGCAACUACUCAAGUCUUACACCGGUGCUGGAGCAGUUCCCUAGCAGCACCACCUCUAUUUGCAAGAGACAACGGAAGUGCAAGGGUCACUUUAUGCAUCUUUAAUGGUUUUGAUUUUUAUUUUUGGUUUUUGUAAAAGCUGCUUUUUCUAAUCUCCUGCCUCUCCCCGACUGUCCCCCUCUUAGCCGCUGCCCUUCCAGCUCCACCCACUUCCUCCUACCUGACCAGGCCAUGUCCUCUCUGCUCUUCCCUAAGUGUCCUGUCCCUGGGGAUCCCAGUCUAGAGGCAAGCAGAGAGUAGGGUUUAUUGCAAUGGUUCAUCUGAAGGCUGGAUUCCAUUUGAAGAGCAUAAACAGAUGUGGUCCAGGGUAGGAACUCAGAGCUGUUGAGCAGGCUACAUCUCUGGGGGAGUGUUCUGGUUGUUUUUCUUAAGCAAGAUUAGUUCAGGACAUUCCCAUGUCCUGGACACAAAUGAAAUGUCUCCUGAGAACCAUUGCAACAGACCAAGAACAAAACCACCUGAGUAUGUAGGAAUGUUAUUAGCCCCUUAAUACCCCAGGCCAAGAACCUGGGGAAAAAAGUCUUUAGAAUUUGGGGGAGGGUGGGGGAGGGAGGGCAUUGUGGGGAAGGAGAAGGGAGAGGGGAGAAGGGAGCAGUGUUUGCCUCAUGGCUUUGGUUUGAAAGGUCUCUGGUCAAAGCAUCUGGCCCUGGACCUUCUGAUUUGCACAGUGACGUUAACUGACCUGGCACUUCCUCAAAAGGUGAUUUUGACCUUAGACCUGCCAAGCGGCUGCAGGGUGGUGGGAUCCCAGCAUCCCGAGCGAGGCCUUGGAAGGCCAGAUGCCCUGUGUCAUCCAGACUUCAGCCUCUGAGCUGUCAUGGACCCACUCUGAUGAGGAGCUUCCUCCUGACUGGAGUGGGAACCUAGGGCAUUUCUCUCCCUUUCCUUUUGCCCUUCCCAGUGCCAGGACUCACCUGUCUGACUGUAGAGCUUGCAGGCAGGCCAAGCCCUUGGUUACCUGUGCCAUUCAUGGCCCAAGUGAAGGAACCAUAUUCCAGGUGGGUGCUGGCAGUUCUGAAGGUCAGGAUAGUGAAGGAAAAGCAAUAGCAAUAAACAUUUCAUAGACUCAUGGAACUGAAGGGACCUUAGCAAUCAUCUCAUCCAUUCCCCUAUUUGGCAGAUGAGGAAACUGAGGCCCAGAGAAGAGGAAAGGACUGCCCUGGACCUUACAGUAAAUUAGCAUUAAAUGCAGCCUUCCUACCUAGUGGGCACCUUGCCUACAAAAAUGUACCUAGGGACAGAUUGGCUUGGUUUUGUAAAAAUUAAGUCGGCAGCGCCCAUACCUGGUGAGUCUGGAACGGUCUCUGGGCUCCUGUUUCUGCCCUUUUCCUCCAUGGACUCCAAAGGCGGGGGUUGAAGACUGGCCAGAAGCUACAUGGGGGCAGAUGGCAGGAACAGAAAUGGCAAAUGAAGAAAUAGCAUUUGGAAAUUCUAUGAAGACAUCUGGAACUUUCAUCCUGUACCUGACUCCACCUCCAGGAGAAGGAGCAGGUGGGCUGGCUGAAAAGGAGAGGCCAUGCUUUUAGGACAGCAGCCCCUCAUCCCGAGAGGAGAGGAAGAGGAGGAAGAGACUGGGAGUCAUCAGGAGAGGAGGACGAGGAUGAGGCCCAGGAGACAGGCUCAUCUGGGAGAAGAGGGACCCCUGGGACCAGGAGGUCCCUGCUAGUCUCAGCCAGGAGCCUGGAUUGCCCAGCAGCAGCCUCUGGCACCCAGCGCUUGGCUGGGCCAGCAGCUCCUCUGGGGGUGGGGCACAAACAUUUUACUGUACAAAAUGGGAUCAUUGACAACAUUUGGGACUUUAAAAAACUGCUUUCAUUUUAAAUUCACGCAAACUUGGACAUACCCUUACCCCUACCCCCCAUGUCUCCCUAAGGGAAGGAAAAAUCAGGAAACCUUUGGGUUGGAAGGAGCUCAGAAGCUGUCUAGCCAUUCCCAGGAGGGUAAAACCCAUCAGCAUCCUUGGUCUAGAGCCAGGAGUUUGGGGGGCCCACCUUCCUGGGCUUCCAAGGAACUUUAGGACCAGUGAGAAAAAAUUCAGCUUUUCUAAAUUGUCUGUUCUAGGGUGCUGAUGAGGUUUCACUUUAAAACAACAGAAAGUUUUCCGGUGUUAAUUCACUUUUUGCAAAUACCUCCUCCCACCCUCUUUGGUUUUGUAAAGGUGGGUAAAGGUUGUUCUGGAUUAUGUCAUACGUGUUUGAAAAAUGCCAAAAUAAUAAUAAUGAUAAUGAUGAUGAUAAUAAUAGAAACAUUUGGAUUUGUCAGGUGCAUCACAGAGUUCAAAGCACUUCACAGCCUUUCAUGUACUCGCCCUGAGAGGGAUGGGGUCACAAUUAUUACAGUCAAUUGACAAAUGAGGAAACAGGUUAUGGAAGGGAACAGGCCCACAGUGAACAGCAUGCUGGUAUCUGCCAGGCUUCCCAGAACCCAGAACCCUGCUGCCUCCAUGUGGGCUGGGGUGGAACCACAGAGAGGAGAAAGGAAGAAGAGGAGACCAGCCACCAGUAAGUAAAACUAACAGCUGGACCUCAGAGUUCACAGAGCAGUUGAACAUAAAUUAUCUGGUUUAACCCGAUGAAACAGAGGUUAUUUCUCCUAUUUGAUCCAUAAGGAAAUCAAGGCUUGGAAAAGUCAAGUGACUUGCUAAUAAGUGACAGAGCCACUUGAAUCCCAGGCUGUCUGCUCUCUCGUUCCCCUCCAUCUGAUCCCCACACAGGCUCACAUACUGAAGCAUUUGUGCUCUGUGCCCUAUCUUAGCCCCUACUAUGUAGUUCAAGAGCAAAGGAAGGCCCCAAGGUGAAAAUAGGGCACUGAAAGGCUGUGGUUUGGAGGAGCCCAGGUCCAGCACCCCCUUUUCAGUAUGAGCCCCAGUUCAGCCGGCCUCAGCCUCUUGCUAUGAUGGAGAUCCACAAGCCUGGCCAAGCUUGGGGAGUCACUGCAAAAGGACUGAGCCCAGGAGAGCGGGGGCAGUCGUGUGCCUCUGGUAGGAAGGGCACAGUUACUGGUAAGGACACAGAGAUUUAGUGGGAAAUACCAUAGGUAUCCUCCAAAGAUUCUAGAUGGCACGGUGGCCAAGCUAGAUAAAAAGUCAGAGCUCGAAGGGCCCUCUCAUUGAAGGCAGGCAAGCAAGAGAGGACAAGGGAUGUGGCCGCCGACAAUAAGCUACAGUACUGGCCCCAGAAUGCAAACCCCUCCCUCUCCUCACGCCACUGCCUCUCCGCAGGUGUGACACCUGUGGCCGGGAUCGGGGUCCAGAUGGUUCCAGUCACCAGCCAACCCUUUUGAAUUCCUCUACUUCUUCUACCUGACCCCCCCUCCUCACUGGCCUGGGGCCGAGGAAGUUUGAGUCUGGGAGCUGGAUUGCCUGCAAAUAGUGAAAGCCUGAAACAUAAUGGUUUGCCGUGUUUUGAAAAAAAUGCAUAUUUAAUUUCUUCCUCAUGAGAUAGGAGUUGCUGUUCUUUCUUACCUGGUAAUGACUCUAAAAUGUAUAUCCCCUUUCCUGAAUAUCUAGCAGGGACACACACACCUGUCUAGAGCUUUUUUGGUAUGCAAAGUACUUUGACAUUGGUUGCGAAAGUCCUCCAUUUUAUAGGCAAAAAAACUAAGGCUCAGGAGGCUUGACACUUGCUAAAAGGUCACACAGCUUGUAAGUGAUUCUUCAAAUCCUCUGCUCUUUCUGCUGCCACCUGCUGGGCCUCUUGGCAAGCAUGAAGGGAGGGGCUCACUGUACUUCAGAGAGCUGGGAAGCCCAGUCCUCUGAGCUGAGCAUAUUUGUAUGAACUGCUUUGGGCCAGGACCUGUAAUGAGCCCUGGGGAGAGACCCAGAGACACAUCUAGCUGGCAGCACAAGGAGGAUGAGAAUUUGCAACUAAAGGCCUCACUUGGACAAAACACUUUGGGGUCACAAUGCCCAGGACUGAAGACAUGUUCAAGGACAGCACGAGGCAUCUUUCUGUUGGGAGACCCAUGUCCUUGGUAAGCAUGCACACCUGGCUUCCUAUCCCCUGAGAGCCUGCCCACUGUCCAGAUCCAGUGAGUUGGUACACCACCAGGAUCUGGUGGUGCAGCCUUGGCCAAAAGCAUACAGACUGACGUCUCUGGGCUUGCUUUUCCCAUGGGUGAGGACCAGAACCAGACUCUGAGCAUCCUUACACCUGGCCACCCAGAUUGUUCCAAAUUUGAGGUACCCCGUUCCCAGAGAUCUUGGCGGGCUUACUUUGUUCUGAUGGCCUUCAGAAAGGAAUCACAUGAAGUAUAAAAGGACAGGCCCCUUGGUCAAGUUUUGGCUCCUCAUACGGAUAGGACUCAUCCAGGAUUCCAGUGAGGCACUGGCUAAGCUUCCAUAUCAAAUUCCUCAGCUUUGUUCUGUGCCCAGAGUGAACUUUCUCUUCUAUAUCACCAUCUGUAUCAGAAUCCCUCCUCAACUGCAGUUAAGUGAAAAUACAUGGAAGUCUGCUUUUCUAUCCUGUAUUCUCCCACAUCACUACUGGCUGUGCAGCCUCUGCUGCUUGCCAAGUUUGGGAAUCCGGAGACAGGCAGUAGCAGAGUGGGCCAGUGGACCCACCCGCAGAGCUGAAGAAACACGCCACACUAACUGAUGGGAUUCCACACCAGAGCCUCUGCGUGCAGGCAGGCAUGCCAGGUGGGCUGCAGGGUUUGUCCUUUACUUACCCAUCUGCCCCUCUCCUAGAAAACUUGUUUCUGAAAUUAGGCAUUCUAUGGUUCCAGGGCCCAGACUUGGGUCCCAGUCCUUCAGUUUCUCCAGUGGAUAUAUGCUGUGGUGCAUGCUGUUAAGUCCAACCCAAAGGCCAAGCGAGGCACACAGGAAUUGGGACUGGCUGCCACAAAGCUAGAAAGGGACAAGACAACACUUUCUUGCCUGUGGCCACAUGGAUAGUCCCUGGAUAUUCCUGCUGUGGUAGUGAGGUCCUCUACCCCAUUCCAGCCACUGAUAGCGGGAGGAUUUCCCUUCCUGAGGAGAACAGAUGUAACAGCUUUGCAGAUAAGUACCAGCCCACAGGACUCAAAUGGGUGAAAUCCACUUUGGGCCUGACCCCAGCAAGACCAGCCAUCUCCAGGCCCCAGCCUUUCUUCUCAGGCCUAAGAGUCAGGGAAAGAGGGGGGACUGUCCCAGAGACCUUCUCCUUGGGUCAGCCAGAUAGUCUGGAUCUGUGCCGUGACUCAAGCUCCUCCUUACCCAGGGGGAGGUAAGGCCAGGCCUCUGGCAACUUGGAGUUGUCUGUAAUAAUCUUGAAAGGCCCAAGGGCCUGUCCCCAUCCUGACUUCAAGGCAUCUCCUUCCCUGUUUCAUACCACAUGACAGAGAAACCUGUUCUCAUGGCAUGUAACAUCCCUGUGAAGACAGCGUUGUAUAUGAUUUUGUAUUUUUUAAUUCAUUUUAAUCUACAGGUUGGAAUCUAAUUUUUAAAUUUUAUUGGAACUCACAUUUUAAAAAGAAAUAAAAACAUUUAAAAUAACAAUAAUAAUAAUAAUAAACCUUUGACCGGUGUCUUCCAAGUAGUUUGAUCAAAGAAUUUAUAGGUGUUUUCAAAACAGUCCAGAGUGUAAAGAUUGGAAAGCCCCAUGGCCUCACUUGUGUGUAUGAAGUGUAAAUCUGGUUUUGUUUUGUUGUUUUGGAUUCUUUUGGGUUUUUGUUUUGUUUUGAAGAUCAGACAGUGAUCACUCUGAAAGACUGAAGCCAAGAAUUUGUAACUAUGAUAUUUACUGUAAGCUGUAGAACACUCAAUAACUAUUAAAAAAAAAAAGUUUCCCCCCCAAAAAAAA